AUGAAUAUCCUCGGUUUCUUCGAAGAUUGCAGCUCGCAUGGUCAGAUAGCUGGAAGCCAACGCCUACCUCCAACUUCAACGGUGGCCUCUGUAACAGUAUCCGAUGUGACUGGAGAACCCGCUGAGGUGACAAGUGUGCAAGAAAAUGGGAAGCAGUCACGGAACUUGGAACUUGAUUCUGCGAAUCAAGAGGACCGCAAUAGGCCCCAACGUGGCGUUCAACUUGCCCAGGCAGCAACGCAAGUUUGGACAACGAAACAGCUGGUGCUGCUAUACAUUCUGUAUGUCCCACCCUUCUUCCCUCACAUUCCAGGAGAUGGUUUACUGAUCCAUCAGUACAGUAUUUGGCUCGUGCAAUUUGUGGAACUCUUUGCGAAUGGGGUUGUCUCGACUCUUAGUCCCUAUGUUACAAGCAGCUUUGCAUCUCACUCGUUGCUUGCGACCUCACAGAUUGUCGCUUCACUCUGCUCUGGCCUAAUUCAGCUCCCAUAUGCAAAGUUGAUGGAUAUCUGGGGGCGUCCCAAGAGCCUUGUCCUGAUGGUGGCGUGCCAGACAAUCGGCUUUAUAAUGUUGGCAGGCUGUAACGACGUAAGGACUUACUGUGCUGCUCGCGUUUUCUUCCAGUGUGGAUACAGAGGAAUCAUCUUAACAGUGCUCAUUAUCAUUGCCGACACGUCCACUCUCCGACACCGAGCGCUCUGGAUUGCUCUUUCAUCCACUCCCACUCUUGCCACAAGCUGGUUAUUUGGGCCUGCAACAGACUCAAUCGGCAGGGGUAUCGGAUGGAGAUGGGGCAUGGGAGUCUUCGCCAUUGUCGUCCCGGUGGUUUGUUGCCCACUGUCUGGCUUCCUCUAUUACUACCAACGCAAAGCUCAGAAAAUGCAACUCACUCCAACUCCGGAAAGCCACCGCUCCAGGACAGAGACCUUCCUCUUCUACGUGAGAGAGUUCGAUCUUGUGGGUCUGUUCAUCCUUGCCCUUGGCUUGGCGCUAUUUCUGCUUAGCCUCAGCCUCUACAGCUUCCAGCCUCAGGGAUGGCGAUCGCCCGUGAUCAUCUGCUUUAUCAUCUUCGGUGGACUGCUAAUCGUCGCCUUCGUACUUUACGAGAGGUUUUGGGCUAGCAGCACCUUCAUGCCUUGGGCACUCAUCAAGAAUCGGACUGUUUUCUUCACCUACACCAUGGACUGCCUCCUAGUCGCCGCCUUUUCCAUCUGGGCGACGUAUUUCUUGUCCAUGCUUGUCUUGGUUUGGCAGCAGAGCAUCACUCAUUCAACGUACAUUUUGAACAUCCACGCCGUGGGCGCAACAUUAUCUGGGUUAUUCGUCGGCAUAGCGGUUCUUCUCGGUAUGCGGCUCAAGUAUCUAGCUGGGUUCAUUGCAAUCCCACUUCUCUUCCUCGGGGCUGGGCUUCUAUAUCGCUUCUGUCUCCCGUGGACCAGCAUGGGAACUCUCAUCAUGACCCAAAUCCUCCUUGCCGGGGGCAUGGGAUCGCUUAUCAUAACCGUGCAACUCACCGUGAUGGCAGUCGCAGGUCAGGAACAGAUUCCAGCGUUGAUUGCUACGGAGACAUUGAUGGCUGACAUCGGUGCCGCCUUUGGUUCUGCAGUUUCCGGGGCUAUUUGGGCAGAUGUUUUGCCCAGGAAGCUUGCCGAGUUUCUCCCUCCUGAAGACGUUCAUUUGGUACCAGAGAUCUUCGGCAGCUUAUUCGUGCAGCUCUCAUACGCCCCUGGAAGCGUCAUCAGAGAUGCCAUCAAUAUGGCGUACAGCGCAUCCUUGAGGUACAUGCUCAUCACAGCUCUCUGUUUGUAUGCAGGUUGUGCGUUCUGCGUUCUUUGCUGGAAGAACGUCGAGCUGGGGAAAAGAGGAAGUGAGAAAGGCCGGCUGUAG